AUGGAACUUGUCAGUGGCUACAUCUUAGAAGUUGAAGUACGUGACAAGCGCCACGUGGGUCUGAUUUCUUCUAACAUGGAGAAACAAGCCCUACAAAUUUCAUUGCAAAGACUACAGCAAUCUCUAAAUAUUGUAGAAGUAGUAACUGAUGCCUCGUCCUCCAUAAAGAAACUGAUUCGUAAGUUUUUUUGAAUUGAUAUUAGAUAUGAUGGAAGUAUCAACUGAAAUUUGUAUCACACAGUCAAUAUUAAAAAUCUUGAAUUUAAUGCACGAGUCAUUGACAAUCUUUUCGCAAAGUUUUUUGAAAAUAGAAUAUAUGUAUUCCUGUAGAAGGAGUGAUUCAAUAUAUUUUGUCUGAAUAAACUCUUUACUUAGUACUUGAUUGCCAUCUGUGUAAAGGAUACAUAAUUAACAAGCUCUGUUAACUUGGAAAUUUUCUUUCAGCCGAUAACUUUACAGCUGUAUUCCACAGUCUGGAUGUAUGGCAUAAGGCUAAAAGCAUAAGAUGUUUGACAAAGGUAAUAAAAAAAAGUUAGGUUCCUUAUAGGUGGAAAAUACAUCUCCUACUCUUGUAUAUCAUAAUCAUGUCAUUUAAAUGGGAAGGAAACGAAAGUAUUUUCCCAAAACCCGUUGAAAUUUGUUGCUCACUCCAAAUAGAGGCCCCAUUAGGGGGGGUCUUAAUAUCCAGUAUCCCUGUAAUUUUUUGACCAAAUAUCCCGUAUCCCAUAAAUUCCGGUCACAAAUAUCCCGGAAAUUAAAGUAUCGGCUAUUUUUCAUAUGUUACUUGCUACGAUAUAUUUUAUAAUAUUCGUUCACUGGCAUUAAAACGUAAACUGGAAAAGUACGGUUUUGAAGGAGCUUUAAACUGCUGUCAUUCAAAAUAUGGUAGAUAUCAAGUGGAAAGUUAACAAAUGUUGCCACCAAAAUCAUUUUUGUAUACCAGUUAAUAUAAUUAGCUUACCUGAUGCCCUUACUUUCUACAUAUCGCCUGAUACCAAAGUCCUUUCUCAUUUUGUUCCUUUAUUGACGCCCCAUUAGCGGUUUUCGGGUUUGGGUUAGGGCUAGGGUUAGGAUAUUCAAACAAUGUCAACAGAUCAACAAUUUACUUUCAAAUCAACAAAAUCAUGUCGGUAGCGACAACAACAAAACUGAGUAGGACUUACCGAUCAGCUCAUGUUUUUCCUGGAGAAGAGGUCUGGCAACUUCGAACUGAUCCUGACUAUCAAUUGCAAAUAUCCGUCCCUUCGGAAACUCGGCCUCGGGCACAUUUCGCUUGUACUGAAGUAACCUGAGAUCAGACUCUAUUUUCGUUUCGCUUUGAAAAUUACAUUCCGGCGGGCAAGGCGAAAAGAAACAAGAUUAGCGGUAGCCGUUAGAGAGAAUGUAUGAGAACCGCUCAAAUUGGGCAUGAUCUCAGGUUAGUACUGAAGUUUUAUUUUGAAGUCAAAAAUUCCGAGCUCCUUCGUUCGCUCCACAAGGCCGGAUGACACUUUCAAAACGUUCAACAAGUUUAUGCUUUUGUUGCUCUUCAAGUUUUGUCUGAAAGGACCAUUUGGAGACUGGUUUGUCGCAGUUGAUUUUAUAAAUACACGCCGUAACGUCAUGAAUGACUUUGACCUGCGCCAUUACAGAGGUCUCGCCUCAAUCAGGUGGUGCUGCCUCGAUCGAGUGCUGGCGCGCUAUUGGAAGGAAGAUCAGACAAAAAGAAAGAGAUGGUCAUAAAAUAUUUCCAUUCCCAGGAGAAGUGCCACAAUAUUUAUAUCAUGCCAAAUACGGUAAAGAAAGCUGCUGUGUACUGUAUACUGUAUUUCUGCAUGAUACGACAAAAAGUAAACAUUUCAGUUGCUAAAAAUUAUUAAGCAAUAACCUCUCUAGAACUCAGAACUUCCAAUGCUCGUAUAUACAAUGGUCCCUGCCCUGAUAUGUGUCUUAUUACACGGGCAUUCCUCUCUUGGCCUCUUGGUACUUGCACAGGCACAAUAUGGGAGCCAGAGCUCUUUACAAAUUCAAACCUAAUCAAAAAAUUAUAAAAGAAACUACUCAACCAGAGUGAAACAGUUUGAUCACUCUCAUAUUUUCUCUCGUAAUACCGCAUAGCUAAGAAGCAGAAUAUAUGGUUUAUUAUUUAGUUGUGCUGUUAAAUAAUCUGCGUUAUUAUAUGGCUAGCUCCAUGAGUGGGCAAGAUGAUCGAAUCCUGCACUGUGAUUGGCUACUUGAGGGGGCAAGAUGGAGCUAUGUUGCCUGCUUGGGACUUCCCGCUGUGUCCUGCAAGAAAAAUUUCCCUGAAAGUCAUAUAAUAAAUCCUUUGUUGACCAAGCUUGUUCGGUCAAGGUGGCUGGAUAUUGGCCAAGUUCUUUUUUUGGCUCGAGCUCCAUAAACACGCAAAAAAAGAACCUGGCCAAUAUACAGGCAUCUUGACCAAACAAGCUUUAGUCAACAACCCACAUUUCUUCUGCACAAUUAGCAAGAACUGGGCUUUUUUUUACAAUUACUCGCUAUUUUUUAAAGUUUGUUUUGUACUGUAGUUUCAAACACCCCUCCUGUGAUAUCAACAAUAGAUGGAGGGCCUAGCCUAGAUAGUUAUGAAGUAACCCAUAAAUAAGUCUUCAAACUUAACCUCAUGAAUAUGGAGGUCCAUCACUUACCCAAUGUCAUUUUGAUCCGGGCGUUCAAGAGCUUCUUUAAAUAACGAGGCCAGUUCAGAGUAAAGAUGUGCCUCACUCCAGUUUUUAUCUAGUCGAAAGGCGUCAAUGUACAGUCCUCGCUGGACUAAAUUUCCCUUAGUGGCGCCUCGCGGCACUUGAAUCCAUUCAGGGUCAGGUAGUAAACAGAUAUCUUUGUAAACGUACUCGGUUGGGUUUUCGCCUCUUGCAUUUGCGGUAUAAUUAUUUCUUCUUCCUCUCGUUGGGCACCUGCUGACGUUCCUUUCUACUGGGCUGUAGUUCUGUCUCGGAUUGUAGGCCGUCGAGGCUACAACCCUCGUUGAAGUAGCACUACGAUUAGGAAUUCCCUGGCGAUGCCUCAGUAUCUGAAACCUUGCAUUAAUUUCUUCCUCAGCGGAGGAAAAUUCCGCACUGCUACUGUUCUCCGCCCUAUUUGGGUUUCCUGAUUGCGUCUGUAAAUUAGUUACGGCAUGUAAGACAGUGCAAACAACAUCUUGGACAGAUCUAGAUCUCGUGUUGUUUUCUGAGCUACUCUCCCGGUCCGCCAUGUUGGUUAGAAAUAACAAACAUUGGCGAAAGCGCGGGAAAACUAACGUCAUUUGGACCGGACUUUAUCACUUCCUGUUUCCAGUCAUUUCUAUUUCCGCUUCCUCAUCUUUUAGUUUUAUUGAACAUCUUUUAGUUGUAUACGGUCAGGCUCGAAUGAUUUGGAAAGGCGAUUUAUGCUAAACAACAUCGAUGUAUAGCAUUCGAACUUGAUGUACCCCAGUCGAAAUUGAUUUAUGUUAUUUUCCAAUUUGUAUUAUUACGCAUAACAAUAAUAAAUUUAACAAAACAUUAAUGUAUUCACGUUCGAAAUUUUGUCCGCAAAAAAGCCCCAUACUCCACUUUUGGCACUGUUGUAGUAUCUGCAAACCAACAGAGACAACCACUGAUGAGCAAGCUCUUCAAAAAAUGAAUGUAAAUAAUUUUAUUAGUCAUUAUUUUUGAAUUUCUGCUACCCCUUUAAGUGGCAAACGAAUUAAGUGGUAGGGAUCCAUAAUAUAAUGUGCUUUAAAUUAAUUUUACACUGUUUGUGUUUUCAUGUUGUGUUAGGGCACUUGGAUUGGCGUGCUGCAUCAUGUUUGUAAUCAGCAUGAGUAG